AUGUCCUGCAACAGCCUGUGUGUCCCCAGCUGCGGGGUGGCCACCCCGGCCCCUCUGGCUGACACCUGCAACGAGCCCUGCGUGCGGCAGUGCCCCGACUCCACGGUGGUCAUCCAGCCCCCGGCCUCGGUGGUCACCUUCCCCGGGCCCAUCCUCAGCUCCUUCCCGCAGCAGAGCGCCGUGGGCUCGGCCGGAGCUCCCUACGUGGGAGCAGGCUCCGGGGGCGCCUUUGGAAGCCGUGGGGGGUACGGGGGCUACGGGAGCCUUGGAGGCUAUGGAGGUUACGGAGGUUGGGGCUACGGAGGCCGUGGUCUCUAUGGGGGCUGGGGCUAUGGAGGCCGUGGAGGUUACGGCGGAUGGGGUUGUGGAGGUUACGGAGGCUUUGGGGGCUAUGGGGGCUACGGCAGCUGUGGCUACGGCGGCUGGAGCAGUGGCCACCGCUACCUCAAUGGCAACUGCGGGCCCUGCUAA